CAGUGUGACCAUUGGAUGCAAAACGAGAAUGUAUGAAAUCGGCGUCGCGUGGCUUGGAUAGAUUAUCGAACAAAACAACAUUCAUUACAAGCCGUAGAUCCAGUGUUUAUCCUAUAGAUUUCGCGGUGAGCUACCCGAGGAAUCCAUGGCUACGGAUAUGGUGUCUAACGGUGAGAACUUCACCCAGCACUUAACCGGCAACGGCGACGACGACGUGAUCUGUCCCACAUGCGACGUUAAGAUCAAGCGCAGUCAGGUGGCCGAUCACUGUCAAGUAGAGAUGGAGCGCUUACACAACACCGUUGCCAAUUCGCCGGCUCAGUCUGCAGGGUCAACGGCAACGUCCGCGGCACCAGAAACCGGAACGGGAUCGGGAGGCAGACAGCCGUGGAGCGUAUUCCAGCGAGUGCAGCGCAACCGACAGGCUCGACAGCGUCAGCGCACUAGAAAGCGUCCGGCAUCCCCGGGUGCACCACCUACGGCAGCGGCAGCACCUCCGCCUCCUGUAGUAGCACCUCCGCCCUCAGCUCCAGAAUCCAGUCAACCCACCUGCCCCGUGUGCAAUACUAACUUUCCGCAAUCCAACAUUCAGGAGCAUGUCAAUCAGUGCCUGCGCCAGAGCCGUCGAAAUGGACAGGCCAAUGGUGAGCGGCAUUCCAGCGAUGACUCAGAGGACAGCGAGGAAUACGAGGAGUAUGAGUGGGCAGGCCAAAAGCGCAUCCGUGUAUCUACACUCGUGAAGGGAGGCUAUUCCGCAUUGGGUCUAGGUCAGACGAUUAAAUAUAAUGGCAGCCACCAGUCGCAGGAUGAUGAAGACGAGGAUCUCAAUGUGGACGAGGAUGACACGCACAUCUACGGGCCAACGCAAUAUGGAGAGGGUGAUGUGAUUCCGUUGGUAAAAGAAGACCCAGAGGGUAAUGUUUCCGAGGCCGAUGUUACCAGUUAUGUUCGCCGUCUAAUCUCGUCGAGCGAUGGGCCCAAGGCCAAUCAUUCCAACGAAGCCACCGAACAAGAGACUGCCACUACCAGCAACCAUAUGGAGGCGCCACCAACCAGGGAGGAGCCAUCUACGUCGCGGUCAACGCGAUCCGCUUCUCAGAACCAGCAGCAGGUUAUCGAAUCGCUGAAGGCCAAAUUGCGGCUAUAUGAGAAGCAGGCGCAGGGCAGGUACAAAUGCCUGAUCUGCAUCGAUGACUACAAGAAUCCCGCCAUCUCCGUAUCCUGCUGGCACGUCCACUGCGAGCAGUGCUGGCUGCAAACUCUUGGAGCUAGAAAGCUGUGCCCGCAGUGCAAUUCGAUUACCACGCCAAAGGACCUGCGGCGCAUCUACCUGUAGGAGUCCAUUUGUUAUCCCCGCUGCCCAAUUGCUUGCGCCAAUAACCCGGCUUUGCUCCUAACGCAGCUGUAGAUGAUAACCCUAUACAUAUUAUUUAUAUAGAUAACAGAUACCGAUUAUAUUACGUGACAUUACAAUAAGCCUAAUAUGUAACUAUUACAAUAAACUACAGAAAUACAUAAAUUAUA